UGUCUUUAGAAAUUCUGCCUGUCAUUUAGGAGUUUGCAAAAUAUUUUUUACAUUGAAAGUCUUCAAAAGAUUUUUGCACAAACAAAUUCCGGUUAAAAAUCAGUUUUACUCAAUCACAGAGUUUACUACAAAAAUACUAGAAACAUAUUAUUGUCAACAAGUUAUUUGCAAGAUAUUUUAGAAAAAAAAAACAAAAUGCCGUCAUCAGAAGUUUUGGUAAACAAAGUAAUAGUUCAUCCAUUGGUUUUGUUGUCCGUGGUGGAUCACUUCAAUCGUAUGGGGAAGAUUGGCAAUCAAAAACGUGUUGUUGGCGUUUUAUUAGGAUGCUGGAGGUCUAAAGGUGUCUUGGAUAUAUCCAACAGUUUUGCUGUGCCUUUCGAUGAGGAUGAUAAAGAUAAAUCUGUAUGGUUUUUGGAUCAUGAUUAUUUGGAAAAUAUGUAUGGCAUGUUUAAAAAAGUAAAUGCCAAAGAACGUGUUGUGGGCUGGUACCACACUGGACCCAAAUUGCAUCAAAAUGAUAUUGCCAUUAAUGAGUUGAUAAGGCGCUAUUGUCCAAAUUCUGUAUUAGUCAUUAUAGAUGCCAAACCUAAAGAUUUAGGUUUACCCACAGAAGCCUAUAUAGCCGUAGAGGAAGUUCACGAUGAUGGUUCACCAACCAGCAAAACUUUUGAGCAUGUUCCCAGUGAAAUUGGCGCAGAAGAAGCCGAAGAAGUCGGUGUGGAGCAUUUAUUGCGUGACAUUAAGGAUACAACUGUAGGCAGUUUAUCGCAAAAGAUUACCAACCAAUUAAUGGGUCUACGAGGUCUCAAGGAUCAGUUGGAUGAUAUAAAAAGUUAUUUGCAACGAGUUGGUGAUGGCAAGAUGCCCAUAAAUUACCAAAUUGUUUAUCAACUACAGGAUAUUUUCAAUCUUCUGCCCGACUUAACAAACGAUCAAUUCACCGAGACCAUGUAUGUCAAAACAAAUGAUCAAAUGUUGGUAGUCUAUUUAGCCUCCAUGGUUCGUUCUAUUAUCGCCCUUCACAAUCUCAUCAACAACAAACUGGCCAAUCGUGAUGCUGAAGAAGGAAAGGAUAAGAAAACCGAUGACAAGACGAAAGAGAGCAAAGAAAAGGAAAACAAGGAUACUAAGGACAAAAAGGGAGGUUCCGAUUCGGAAAAGACCGACAAGAGUAAGGAUGAUACAAAUUCCAAGAGCAGUAAGAAAUAGGAGAGAAGGAAAAAGAAAAAGAAGCCUAGACGUAAAAAGAAACGUGACUGAAUACACAACACACUUCAUCAUUUGCUAAACAUAUUACAACAAAUUCCCAGGCUCUUUAUUCGUCAAAAACCAUGAUACAAAACAUAUUUCAAAUGGAAGCAAAAGAAAAAAAAUUUACUAAAAUACCAUUAUUUCUGUAAGAAAAUAUUUAAAUGAGAAACAAACAACAACAAAAAUAUUAUGGAAAAUAGUCUUCCGCUCGACGGAACUAUGCUAUUUUCUAAACCGUAGUCUUUAUAAAUAAUAAACACUUAAAACAAAACAGCCUAUUCAACUAAUAAUAAAUAUGUUUGAGAAAAAUAUGCUUUAAACUUAUAUUUAAAAUUAUUACCCCCACCACCAGCUUUUUAGGUUGCAUUUUAAACAUUGUCAAUAAAACAAAGAAAUUCGUUUGUUUAAUUUAA